AUGUCUGCGGCCUUGGGCCUUGGGCUCUAUGUCCUGCACCGCUUUCAAACACAACGUUCGCCCUCGCACAGCGACGAGUUUGCAUCGCAACCUGUAGACAAACCUCACUGCCAAGACCAAGACCAAGACCAGGAUCGUGCAGUACUGGCUAUGGAUCCGAAGGAGAGGGCGCUUCAUGAGGGCUUCAUGCGUGAGGCCAUCGCUAUGGCUGAACUCGCACUCAAGAGUGACGAGACACCUGUGGGCUGCGUCUUUGUCAAAGAUGGCGAAAUCAUUGGUCGAGGCAUGAACGAAACAAACCGAACACUCAAUGGUACCCGCCACGCCGAGUUUGUAGCCAUUGCCAGCAUUCUGUCCAAACACCCAAUCAGCAUCCUCAACGAGACUGAUCUGUACGUGACCGUGGAGCCAUGUGUCAUGUGUGCGUCUAUGCUCCGUCAGUACGGAAUCAAGGCGGUCUACUUUGGCUGCUGGAACGAGCGUUUCGGAGGCACAGGUGGUGUACUGAAUGUCCACUGCGAUCCCAGUGUCGACAAGCCGUACCCUGUCACUGGUGGUAUCUUCAGGGAAGAAGCUAUCAUGCUGUUGCGUAAGUUCUACGUCCAAGAGAAUGAGAAAGCCCCGGAACCCAAGCAGAAGAAGACGAGAGAGCUUAAGACGGAGAUUCUGCCCAUGGACGUUCAUCAGCCAAAGUCCACACCACCACCGGUACUGCGUGCGCCGCCUGUCGCCGUUCCAAACAUCGCAAUCUCUUCCGCUUCUUCCAGACUUCUUGCCUGA